UAUAGGAAUUGAACAGCAUAAUAUAUUUUCUCUGAUGGAUGGAAGGAUUCAAAGUUACCGAUUAUCAUAUUUAAUAGGAUGAUGAAUAGAAUGAUGAUUUUCAUGAUCAUGUUUUUCAACAUGCAUCUGUGCUAAAACAGGAAAACAGAGUAAAGUCAAUUGUUGUGGGACCAAUUAAUUGAUCAUUUUAAACUACUUCGAAAGUUUAAAGUUCUAUCUUUGUGGGAUACUCUUCUGUCUUUCUACAACAAAGUCACCAUCUGAAAAUAGAAAGAAAGAGGGCCGGAGAAGUUUUGGCGCUGGAACAGACCAAAUUGAAGGCAUGCUGAUAGAUUUACCUAAAGAAGACUUGAUAUGCUUGAGGUCAGAGGCAUUCACGAAGAUGAAAAAGUUGAGAGAUAUUUCAUAAAACAUAAUGCACGCUUCUACGAGGCUCUUAGUUAUCUUUCUAACAAGAGUUAAAGAGUACUUAUUUGGAACAGAUAUCCGUCGCAAUCAUUGCCAUACAAUUUUCAUGGAAAGAAACUGGUUGAUCUUAGAAUGAGGGGAUUGCAGAAUUUCCAGAAUAUGACCAGAAUGGACUUGUCUGUUUGUGAAUCUCUGACAAAAACCCCCGAUCUUUCUCGGAUUCCAAAUUUAGAGUGGCUCGAUUUUGCUGAUUGUACAUACUUAGUUGAGGUUCAUGCUUCUGUUGGAUCCCUUAAUAAGCUUGAGCAUCUCUCAUUUGCCCGUUGCACUAAGCUUACCAGUUUGCCAACAAGCCUCAAGUUUAGGUGUCUUAAAUUCCUAGCCGUUGAAGGUUGCUUAAGACUUCAAAAUUUGCCUGAAAUCGAGUUUGAAAGGGAAUGUUUAAGGAAGCUUAGUUUGGCAUACACCGAUAUAAUAGAAUUGCCUUUAUUCAUUGGGCACCUCUCUGGGCUUGAAGUAUUAGAUCUAAGAGGCUGCAAAAAUCUUGUGCAUCUCCCGACUGGCAUUCUUCGAUUUCGACAUCUGAAUACUCUCGUUCUCGCUGGCUGUUCAAAACUUGUUUUUAUUCCAAAUAUCUUGAAGGAUGAUUGUUGCUCAAUAGACCUUCCGGAGCUGGUAUAUUUGGAUCUUCAAAAUUAUCACCUGCCAGACCCAGAUAUCAUGAUGAGUUUCAAUCACUACUUUACUCUGCAGCGUUUAAAUAUAUCAGGGAGUGAUGUUAUUAGGCUUCCUGAAAGGUUGAAGAAGUUUGAUGAGUUGAGGACCCUUGAGUUAAAGAAUUGCAAGAAACUUCAAGAAAUUCCUGCACUGCCACCAAAAAUAAAAGUCGUAAAUGCAACUGGAUGCAUGUCAGACGGAUUAAAAAUACCGCACUUCUUUAAAAGUCAACCACGAGACCCACGAUGGACUAAGCUGGCACAAAAUUCCAAUGGUGGUAUCUAUCUUGCUCAUUCGUCUCUAGCAGGCACAAAAUUUCAACAAUGA